CCCUUGCCGCGGUGCACGCCGGGAUACGGAGCCGCGCUCUCUAAGGCCAGGCUGGAGGAGUCAAGAUGGACGCAGGCUUUUUUCGCGGUACAAGUGCAGAACAGGAUAAUCGCUUCAGCAACAAACAGAAGAAGCUACUAAAACAACUGAAAUUUGCAGAAUGCCUUGAAAAGAAAGUUGACAUGAGCAAGGUAAACCUGGAAGUAAUCAAGCCAUGGAUAACAAAGAGAGUAACAGAAAUCCUUGGAUUUGAAGAUGAUGUAGUAAUUGAAUUUAUAUUCAAUCAGUUGGAAGUGAAGAAUCCAGAUUCCAAAAUGAUGCAAAUCAACUUGACUGGAUUUUUGAAUGGGAAAAAUGCGAGAGAAUUCAUGGGAGAACUGUGGCCACUGCUGUUAAGUGCACAAGAAAACAUUGCUGGUAUUCCAUCUGCUUUUCUGGAGCUGAAGAAAGAAGAAAUAAAACAAAGACAGAUUGAACAGGAAAAAUUGGCUUCAAUGAAGAAACAAGACGAAGACAAGGAUAAGCGAGACAAAGAAGAUAAAGAGAACAGAGAAAAGCGGGACCGCUCUCGGAGCCCUAGAAGACGCAAAUCAAGAUCUCCUUCCCCCAGAAGACGCUCAUCUCCUGUUAGGAAAGAGAGGAAACCUAGCCAUUCUCGAUCACCCCACCACGCAGCCAAAAGUCGCAGUGUUACACCUCCACCAGUAAAGAAAGAAGAGACACCAGAACCAGAACCUUCCAUCAAAGUAAAAGAAACGUUGAUCCAGGAGGCCACAUCUACCAGUGAUAUCUUGAAAGUCGGUAAAAUUGAACCUACGCCAGAUACUAAAGAAAUAUCUCCAGAAAGAGUUUCAAAAAAAGAAAGGGAAAAAGAAAAGGAGAAGGCUCGUCCAAGAUCUCCAUCUCGAUCUAGGUCAAGAUCAAAGUCUCGAUCACGUUCCCCAUCUCAUUCGAGACCAAGAAGACGUCAUAGAUCACGAUCCAGGUCUUAUUCACCAAGAAGGCGGCCUAGCCCAAGAAGACGCCCAUCUCCUAGGAGAAGAACUCCACCGAGACGUAUUCCACCUCCACCCAGGCAUAGAAGGAGCAGAUCUCCUGUGAGGCGGAGGAGGAGAUCAUCAGCGUCAUUAUCAGGAAGUAGUUCAUCCUCGUCAUCUUCACGUUCUCGAUCGCCACCAAAGAAGCCACCUAAGAGAGUUGUCUCUAGCCCUCCUCGGAAAACAAGAAGGCUUUCUCCUUCUGCCAGCCCCCCAAGACGAAGACACCGGCCCUCCCCACCUCCCAGUCCUCCCCCCAAACCCCGUAGGUCACCAACACCACAGCAAUCUAAUCGUACAAGAAAAGCCCGUAGCUCUGUUUCUCCCAAUAGGACUUCAGCACCUAAACACAAAAGUAUUGAAAAGAGAGAAUCUCCCUCGCCUGCACCAAAACCAAGAAAAGUUGAAUUGUCAGAAUCGGAAGAAGACAAAGGUGGUAAAAUGGCAACUGCAGACUCCGUGCAGCAAAGACGACAGUACAGAAGGCAGAACCAGCAAUCUUCAUCUGAUUCUGGUUCAUCAUCAUCAUCUGAAGAAGAGCGACCAAAAAAAUCAAAUGUGAAAAACGGUGAAGUGGGUAGACGGAGGCGGCACUCACAUUCCCGCAGCCCAUCUCCUUCUCCACGAAAGUGGCAGAAAGAAUCUUCUCCUCGGAUGCAGAUGGGAAAGAGGUGGCAGUCACCAAUCGUUAAAAGUGGUAGAAGGAGGCGAAGUCCCUCCCCACCACCAGCCAGAAGACGACGGUCUCCUUCUCCUGCCCCCCCUCCAAGGCGUCGCAGGUCACCGUCGCCCCCACGGCGAAGGUCUCCUUCGCCACCCCCUCGCCGGCAUUCGCCUACACCCAGAAGAUACUCGCCUCCCAUACAGAGGAGGUAUUCUCCUUCCCCUCCUCCAAAGAGGCGAACAGCAUCUCCUCCCCCGAAAAGAAGGGCUUCUCCUUCUCCGCAGCCUAAGCUCAGAGUCUCUCGCUCUCCACCGCCAAAACAGAGAAGUUCUCCACCCGCAAAGAGACGCUCACCCUCUGCAUCUUCUAAGCACAGGAAAAGCUCCCCUCCUAGCAGGUCCAACCGGGAACCCCGCUCCCCACUGCAGAACAAGCGGCAUUCACCUUCCCCACAGCCUAGGCCUUUACGGACCUCUGCCAGCCCCCCAUUGUUGCGCAGGGGUCCUUCUUCAUCACCCCAGCGAAGGCAGUCGCCGUCUCCAAGCUCUAGGCCCAUCAGAAGAGUCUCAAGGACUCCAGAGCCCAAGAAGUCAAAGAAGGCUUCUCCACCAAGUCCCCAUUCUGUGAGAAGGGGAUCCUCAUCCAGGUCAGCUUCAGCAUCCCCUGAACCAUCCCCCAAGAAGCAUCCAGCACCUCCAUCACCUGCUCGAUCAGCAUCCCCUUCUGCUCACUGGUCACCAGUAGCACCUGCAAAGAAGGCUAAAAGUCCAACACCAAGCCCCUCACCAGUACGAGUUUCUGAUCAGGAAGGAGGUGGUAAAAAGAAGAAGAAAAAGAAGGAUAAGAAGCAUAAAAAGGACAAGAAGCACAAGAAACACAAAAAGCAUAAGAAAGAAAAGGCUGCUGUAGCUGCUGCAAUGGCUGCUUUGACAACAUCUGCAGAGGAAGAUCAAGAAAAAAAUGUGGAGCCCAAAAAGGAGACUGAGAGCGAAGCGGAGGAUAACCUGGAUGACUUGGAAAAGCACCUGCGCGAGAAAGCUCUGAGGUCUAUGUCAAUGAGGAAGGCGCAGCCAUCUCCACCGUCUUAGGACGAAGCAGCAUUUGAUUUGUGUAAAUUUUAUUUGGUUUAUACUCAAAGAUUUCAAUUUCAAAUUGCUAAAAUGUGUUUGAGCUUUAGACUUUAACAUUGGUUGUAAUAAUUGCUAGGUUAAAGUUCACUAUGUUUAUUAAAAAAAAAAAAGGGCAUGGAUUUUCAUUACAAACAAAUCAUUUACAGUGUACUAGUGACCUCCUUUGACAGUUGACAUGAUUUUGCUAGACUUUUCUUGAGCAGCAAGGAUCUCUUCCCCAUCCUAUCUCUUUUCCUGUUCAAUGGUUUAAAAAAAGGGCCUAGCAAACUUCACAUUUUCUCUAAAACAGGGCUGGGCAACUAUGGGCCUUUCAUGACCCGUGGACUUCAAACUCCCAGGUGUCCUGAGCCAGCUGAAUUCCACAGGACAUAAAGGGCCACAGUUGCCCACCCCUGCUCUAAAAGCUCAUAAUGCUUACAACAUUUCUAUUGUAAAUUCUUACUCCAGAACGUUUGUGGUUUGUAGGCAUGAGAAGGCCACUCUUGGCAAAGAAUUAUGUGGGAACACUUGCCAAACACCCAGGUUUCUCAGUGUUUCCUAUUUAUGUUUAAAAUUGGAAUAACAUAUCUACUUUAUAAACUUGCUUGGCAGAAGGCAGUGAGUUCAUUAUAAUAUGAUAGACCUAUUUGGUAUACUGGAUUUUUAAUUUGUACCUUUUUCCCCCUCUUAUUAUCCCUUUCACCUUCUCCUUUUAAAAAAAUAACAGUUCCUGUGAUCAGCAGUCUCAGCCAAAUUUGGCAUAAAUUUUUGUUUUGUGGAAUGUUGUUGCCCCAUUCAUAGGUUCCUUUCUUCUUGUUAAAGUCCUUUGGAAUAGUAUGUACGUUUCAGAGUUGUGGUUUCUGAAAACCUGGAGGACCUGAACUUUGGAUAUUGUCAUGUUCACAUUGGGGGUUUUGUUUUGUUUCUGUUUUUUUAAACUAAAGCUAUUACAAAGCUUGUGUAUUAAACAAAAUA